AUGUCGGGCGUAACUUCGCAUUGUACUCGCAACCUUAAGCUGUCCGAAUUCCCUGUCACAAGUAUUAGAGUUUUUCCUUCGUUUCAAAGGCAACGGAACUUGUCACCUCAGCAUGUGACAUUGACUCAGGCAAGUCGACCCUCUACAACAUCUGCAAGCGGCGCUUUUGCCGGUGGCGGAAAUAAUGUACUCAAAGAAAAGCAUCGGGUCGUUGUGAUGGGUGCUGCUUUUGUUGGAAAAACUCAAAUCAUUCAACAGUUUUUGUAUGAUAAAUUCACAAAUCGAUAUCGUGAAACAAUUGAACAACUUCAUCGUGGAGAAUACGAACUUCCUGAUGGCAGUUCGUUAACCUUGGAUAUUUUGGACACGUCUGGUGCUUUUUCCUUUCCUGCCAUGAGAGAACUUUCGAUAAGAACUUCAAACGCUUUUAUUCUCGUAUUUAGUAUUGACAAUGAAGAUUCAUGGAAUGAAGUGGAAUGCCUUAGAAAAAAGAUAAUCCAACUACGUGGACCAAGAGUGCCGAUUGUGGUUGUUUGUAACAAAAUGGAUUUAUCCUAUGAACAAAGGCAAAUGACAAAAGAAGUUGUUGAGUCGAUUGUAAAAUUGGAUUGGGAAUGUGGCUUUGUUGAAUGUUCAGCGAAAAACAAUGAGAAUAUUGUGAACGUGUUCAAGGAGCUGCUUGUACAGGCAAAAAUCAGAUAUAAUUUAAGUCCCGCGGUGAGACGCCGACGUCAGUCACUCCCAUCGUUUGCAAAUUCAUCAAGUUCACCGAAGUUUUCACUCAAGCGACAUUCAUGCUCGGUUUCGUAA